UGGCAACCGAAGCAUUGUAUAUGAGAGAGAAAGGAUGUCUCGGGUAGAACACAAAAGACAUUUUCCAAGUUGAUAAUGGAAAUAUCUUAGAUAGAGAUUUUUUUUCCUCUGGUAGAUCGCCUGCAAAAAAAAGUCCCCCGUACUUUACUUGUUUCUCGGGGGAAAAAACCCUUUAGGUCAUCGGGUCAUGUUCAAAUGUUCGGCAUGUCAUCUCCAGAUAUUUAACUUAACUAAACUUGAUCUUUUACGAUUGAUGACUGUGUUGAUUUCCAUGACCUCCCUUUCCAAUAUACCUCGAAAAAAAUCGGUGUCACCACAACACAAAGGACAUGAGGACUCUCAAGCAACAUUUGCUUCAUACACUGAUGAAGGAUGGGGAUGAUGAUGAUGAUGAUGAUGAUGAUGAUGAUGAAUUAAGCUCAUAAGUUGCUCGCGUGCGGUCUAAAUCGCUGUGCACACAUCCGCUGGGCGGGUACUGCUUAAGUGGACAAUUACUUAAGACUGGUCCCUAUACCCCCAACAAAAAGAAUGAGCACAUUCAAAGCCAGACGGAAGGAGCAGGGAACCUGUCUUAGUAAAUAUCCUGUCGGAUGAGCGUUCAAAGACGGGUCAUCAGUCAUCCGUCUUCGGCUUGGCUGUUAGUAGGCCACAUCGCUAAGGGCUGUGAAUUCACUUCAUGACAAGCUGAUUGCAAGGUUUUGUUUAAGCAGUCGUGGUUUGAAAAUAAAAAGAUCAACUCAGGUUCGUUCGUUUUUUUUUGCCUCCAUUUCUCUUUUUGGAUGCCACUCGUCUGUCUGGGAAUCGGGGCGUAGCGAGUUCUAGUACGCCGACAAUACAUCCAUUAGACUCUCAAGAUUGUAAUCACUACAACAAAAAAUUACAAGGUUUGUAUGCGCGUGUCUCGCAAAGUGCACCCUCGAUUGUUUGUAGAAGGAACAAUUAGUCGUGAAACGUACUAAAAGCCGACAAAUGGUGAGUUGAUGAGUUUGCGCGGCAUGGUUGAAGGCUGGGUCCGAUUCAUUGUCGUUAAUGAUUAAACGUCACCUCACUCUCUGCCUCUUUCCGGAGCGUUGCUAGGGAAAAGCCAAAUCAGUUUCGGUUCCACGUUUUAGCUGAGAAGACCAUUUUAAUUCCGGCCAGCCUUUUAGUGACUCGAACGUUGCGAUAAUUGUGUGUGCUUUUGUGGAACCUUAAAUCACUGUCAUUUGGUACACAUACUGAAGUCGCAAGACAUGAACGCAAUUGUUUUUAUGCAGGGCUGUUGGUCAAGCGAUUGGGUAAGAGUUUGCUAAGGUGCUGACUACACUUAACGUUUCCACUGCUUCACAAAAAGCAUCUUGAACAUAAAAAAUGGCUCGGUGCUGUAUGAUUAUCAAGGGGUCCCUGGUUCGAAUCCUGUUCUCGAUUUUGGUGGGUCUGUGUGUCUGGCUGGUCAGUGCAAAGGACGGACGACUCUGGAUGCUCUGGGUAGUGUUCUUGCUUCUCAUCUUCAUGGAAGGCGCCUACACGCUGGGAGUCAAGAAACACGGCUCAUGGAAGUGGUUUUCACCGACCAUGGCCUUGUUCCUGAUGUGCACCGUGCCGUGCCUGUGGGUCAUCGAGUGGGACGUGUAUCAGUUGCGCUACAAUAAUUGUGAAGUGACUGAUGACGUCGUCGUCACGUGUGAGCCUUUCAAUAAAACACCACUGCCUCCCAUCUUCGGACAUCAGGUAUCUUUGCCGGGUCUUGAAAUGACAUUGCCAGAGUGGGGGCUGAUUCUGCAUCAACUCCUCCUUUUUUCCCUCAUCCUCGGCAGAUGGCUUCUACCCAAAGGGGAGUUGUCACGGGACCAGCUCUCCCAGCUGCUAUUGGUCCAGAUCGGCAUGGCGGCCGACAUUUUGGAGUUCGUGACGGAGGGAGUGAAGGUCGUCCAGAUUUACGACAACAAUGAUUUGCACGUCAUUGUGCUGCUGAGCGUCUGGACGUGGAGUCUGCCGCAGUUCACUCUCAGUCUGACACUCACUAAAGGAAGAAAGAAAAGGGUGGCUGGGGUAGUACCUCUGGGUCCGGAAUCCCGAAAGAAGCGACUGGUUAGAUUGAAAGGAGGCAAAGAAUCCUCCGAUCGCUGCCACUUUUUUUGCGGCACAGAGACUUGGGCCAUUCUGGUCACUUUGGUCAUGCAGGAUUUACCGUUCCUUGGCACCCGUCUGUACCUCAUCUUCAAUCCCCUAGUGCCCCUCACAAUCCCGUUCUUCUUCUUCGCUUUCAAGAACGCCCUGCUUGCCAUGCUGGAGCUGUAUCGUCUGGCGGUAAUUCUGCAAGAGUACCGGGCAAAGCGGAAAGCCAGAGCGGUCAGGGUGGGCCCGGAGUCUUCUCACCCCGAAGCCAUGGAACUCGGAGACCGGACGGUGGCCACUCGCCCCGUGGUGCCCAUUCCCUCUGAUGACCCCAAUCCGAAGGUGGUCGACAAGACCGCAUCUGUCUGGUUCAUCUCCCGUUUCUUACGCGGGUUUGGCGACCACGAGCAACAGUUGAGACACAGGAAACAUGCAAGCAUCCAAACCGAAGGGCCGGGUCACUUAAACGACCGUGUUGGCUUACUGUCACCUAAUUGGCACUGUCGUACUGGGGACUGUCAGGACGAUGCACAUAACGAACUGUCUACAGGCAAUUACAGGGAGAGUCAGACAAUGAGAAGUGGGGUUGUCAUGGGGAGUCCUGGCGGCGAAAACGGCCACAAGAAUUGUGCGUUUGUCGUCGACUUCUCCGACGAAGAUGAAGGAGCGACCAGUGGGGUGCAUGAUGGUGUGAUUGGGGAUCACAGUGGUGAUCUAAACUCAGUCUGUGACCCAGAUGCCGGUGGUGAGGUUCACGGUGGUGGUGACGCGAUGGGUUCUGGCGAAGAAGGGGAAGCGAUCCGGCAAAGCAUCUUUGCAAUAGUUGCUAUUGUUGAUGAAUGUCAUGAUGGUGAAAAGGGUCAGGGUGGUGAUGGUGGUGAUAGUGGUAAUAGUGAAAAGGAGUGAGACAUGUUUUGAAGAAGGAAUUCAAGAGCAGAUUUGAGGAAAGGUACAGAGUGCGAAGAUGUACAUAAAGUAUGAAUACAUGUAUUGCCAGAACGUUAAAAUCUUCGGCAAAAUGCGUGCGUUAUUGUCGUUAUUAAUUCGU